CAACUAACCACAGCUCAGAGUUUUGUACUUACACUAUCAUUUGUUUGGAGACAUGCACUUACUGGCGUGGCCCUUUCUGAUCUUCUAAAUUUGAUUAGUAUUCACUGUCCAGAAAACACUGUCGACUUCCAAGCAUCUCUUCUUAAAAGAGCCAAUACAAAGUCACCUUCAAUGUCACAUUUACUGUCCAAACUGUGAGUGUGACAUUGGUGACAAAGAUAGUGAAGGGCAGUGUACAGUGUGCAACACGACGUGGGAUAAAAACAGCUCACUGAAGAAUGGAAACUUCUUCAUUUACUUACCAAAGUCUUAAAUCAGGAAACGGCACAUGUAAUCCUGAAACUUAUGAUGAUAUAUGUAGUGGUAAAAUGUAUCAUAAACUGAACAAAAAUGGAGGCCCACUAGAUUGUCCGCAUGGAUACUCCUUAACACUCAACUGUGAUGGAGUGCCUGUAUUUAAAUCAUCACUAUAUUGUAUCUGGCCAUUACAAGGGAUUGUAAAUGAGCUUCCUUACCUUGUGCGCAAAGAAAAUGCAUAAUGUACAUCUUGGUGUGGUUCUGCAAAUGGCAAACAUGUCGCUGGACAGUGAAAACCAUCAGAAACCAUAUUAUAUAGAGAAUAGAAUGACUGAACUUGAUCAACAACUCUUACUGAUUAAGCGCCCUUGCAAUGUGACGAGAGUGCCCCGAUCUCUUCAGCAAAGGAGGUUUUGGAAGGCUAGUGAAUGGCAGAACUGGUUACUGUUUUAUAAUAUCUUUGUGCUUAAAGGAAUUCUGCCCCAGGUAUUUUACCAACACUGGUUACUCCUUGUCACAUUCAUGUUCUUACUAUGCAAGGACAUUAUUUCAACAGAGGAGUUAAAAAGAUGUGGAAAAACUGGUUGUAGACUUUGUCAAAAAAAUUUUAAACACUCUAUAGAAAGCAGCAUGUGUCAUUUAAUGUACAUUUAUGUCUUCAUUUGCCUGAAUCUGUUAAGAACUGGGGACCAUUGUGGGCACAUUCUGGAUAUAUUUUUUGAGUCAUUUAACGGGGAAAUUCUAAAAAUGUUUCAUGGCACUGAGUGUGUUCCUCUACAAAUAAUGAAAGUAUUCAGUACUGCCUCUUUUGAGAAAUGAUGCACUGAUAAAUGCUGUGCCUGAAUGCAUCCAGUGCACUUUACUGGUCAAAAAAGACUAAAGCAGUUUGAAAGAGUAGCUGAUCAGGUUGUUACCCUUGGUCUACAUUAUUCACGAAAACUUACUAGUGAAAAGAUCCUGGCUGUGAGAGAGCAACUUUCUGUCACUGUGGAUACAGUUGUGAAAAUAUUCACUUCUAGUCAAAGGUCAACUCUUUUACUCACAAGAGUUCACUAGAGUAGUGAAAAGGAACAGCUUCACAGUUAUGCUUAAUUAAUUUGGUAUUUAGGAUAGGGCAUUUAGUCAUUUAGCCAUUUAGGAUUUGGGGAUUUUGGGAUUUAGGAUUGAGUUGUGUAUGCAAAUGAGGAGGCGUGACCCAAAAGCUGCAGGGAGGGUUUGAUCCAUCUGACGAGAAAGCAGCAGACAGUACAACAGGUAAGAUAUGACAACAUUAGCAAGCUAUAUUAGGCUAACUGUUGCUGACAUGUAUGAGUUACGUUACUGUCGCUACGUGCAGGUUUUAAAUGCGCAACUGGUCAAUGCUACAUGAUCAUUAUAAAGCCGUUUGACUUAAAGCUCUUAAUUUAACACAACUAAGCCACAGACGCAUCUCUCCACUAAAUAAGCUGAAUAUUACAUACUUUCUGCAACAUUUUCGAUAAUAUAUUGCGCAAAGUCAUAUUUUGCAAUAACGAGAUUGAAUCAAUAUAUUGUACACAUGUUAGUGGACUAAACUCCACAGGUCUUUAGACAGUGGAAACACACCCAACAGUGGGCUGAAGGAACCUUUUACUGAAGGUUCUCCUCAUAACAUCACAUAAACAAUAUCAUUUUCUGAAUGAAGAGGGCAGCAAUAGAUUCCUGCACAUUUCAGUGUGGAUGGAGAUCAGCAGGCAGGUAAAUAAGCAAAAGGAGCAACAAGAAAAAGAGAAAUAAAUGUUUAAAAGUAUAAUCAAAUCAGAAAUGAAAAAGAAAUGCCUAUUUUCAGGUUUUCAAAAUCACAGGAUUUUGUAGGAGAACUUAAUGCAAUAAUAUACUGUACAAAGAGUUCUGAUGCUCGUGCACCUAAAACCUGUUUGUUAACUUCAACCAAACAAGAAAGUAACCUGAUCCUGUUCCAGCCCCUCCUGCCUGCCGCCAUUACAGGUGCAGCUCUGAGUGAUUCCAGGAAACAGCUCACCUGUGUUGAAGCUUUUUCUCUGCUGCCGUCAUCAACACUUUGGACGCUUUGAGGAAACUGUGAAAGUGUGUGAGCUGAUGUGGAUGUGAGUUCAGCAGCAUGAGUCAGUGUGAGGACAAAGAGGAGGGAGACCCUCAGAGAGAGAUCGAACAUGAGAGGAACAUUCUUGGAUCGGAUGAAUCAAAACCAGGACCUGAACCCAGCUGUGUGUCCCUCAAAAGUGACGUGUCCAUGGAGCCACCACUAUGUUUCAAAGGAAGAGAGAACAUUCCUGGAGCGGAUGAAUCUGAACCAGGACCUGAACCCAGCUGUGUGUCCCUCAAAAGCAACUGGUCCAUUGGACCCACCACUAUUUUCAAAGGAAGAGAAGUCGACCAGGAGAGUUCAGAGGUUCCCAUUGGUCAGUCUGCCCAGCAGCAUCAAACACACCUGGACUCCGUAUUUAUGCUGCUGGAGGAGAAAAUGAAAACCUUUAUGAAUAAUGAACUGAAGAAGUUCAAGAAGGCUCUGAGUUCAGAUGACCAACGCUUAGAGAUUCAGCGGGAGGAUGAGGAAGUGUUUUUUCUGAAGACCACACUGUGCUUCAUGAGGAAAAUGAAGCAGGACGAGCUGGCUGACAGUCUGCAGAGCAGAACUCCCUCUUCAGUUUGUCAGCCUAAACUUAAAUCUAAGCUGAAGAAGAAGUUCCAGUGUUUGUUUGAGGGGAUUGCUAAAGCAGGAAACUCAACUCUUCUGAACCAGAUCUACACAGAGCUCUACAUCACAGAGGGAGGGACUGCAGAGGUCAAUGAUGAACAUGAGGUCAGACAGAUUGAAACAGCAUCCAGGAAACCAGCCAGACCAGAAACAACCAUCAGACAAGAAGACAUCUUUAAACCCUCAAAAAUCAGACCAAUGAGAACAGUGAUGACAAAGGGAGUGGCUGGCAUUGGGAAAACAGUCUUAACACAGAAGUUCACUCUGGACUGGGCUGAAGACAAAGCCAACCAGGACAUACAGUUCACAUUUCCAUUCACUUUCAGAGAGCUGAAUGUGCUGAAAGAGGAAAAGUACAGCUUGGUGGAACUUGUUCAUCACUUCUUUCCUGAAACCAAAGAAGCAGGAAUCUGCAGGUUUGAAGAGUUCCAGGUUGUGUUCAUCUUUGACGGUCUGGAUGAGUGUCGACUUCCUCUGGACUUCCACAACAAUGAGAUCCUGACUGAUGUUACAGAGUCCACCUCAGUGGAUGUGCUGCUGACAAACCUCAUCAGGGGGAACCUGCUUCCCUCUGCUCGCCUCUGGAUAACCACACGACCUGCAGCAGCCAAUCAGAUCCCUCCUGAGUGUGUUGACAUGGUGACAGAGAUCAGAGGGUUCACUGACCCACAGAAGGAGGAGUACUUCAGGAAGAGGUUCAGAGAUGAGGAGCAGGCCGGCAGAAUCAUCUCCCACAUCAAGACAUCACGAAGCCUCCACAUCAUGUGCCACAUCCCAGUCUUCUGCUGGAUCUCUGCUACAGUUCUGGAGGAGGUGUUGAAGACCAGAGAGGGAGGAGAGCUGCCCAAGACCCUGACUGAGAUGUACAUCCACUUCCUGGUGGUUCAGUCCAAAGUGAAGAACAUCAAGUAUGAUGGAGGAGCUGAGACAGAUCCACACUGGAGUCCAGAGAGCAGGAAGAUGAUUGAGUCUCUGGGAAAACUGGCUUUUGAGCAGCUGCAGAAAGGAAACCUGAUCUUCUAUGAAUCAGACCUGACAGAGUGUGGCAUCGAUAUCAGAGCAGCCUCAAUGUACUCAGGAGUGUUCACGCAGAUCUUUAAAGAGGAGAGAGGGCUGUACCAGGACAAGGUCUUCUGCUUCGUCCAUCUGAGCGUUCAGGAGUUUCUGGCUGCUCUUCAUGUCCAUCUGACCUUCAUCAACUCUGGUGUCAAUCUGCUGGCAGAAGAACAAUCAACCUCCCAGAAGUCUCAAACAAGAAAAGAUGAAUCUGCAGUGACACAGUUCUACCAGAGUGCAGUGGACCAGGCGUUUUGCAGUCCAAAUGGACACCUGGACUUGUUUCUCCGCUUCCUCCUGGGACUUUCACUGCAGACCAAUCAGACUCUCCUACGAGGCCUGCUGACACAGACAGGAAGUAGCUCAAAGACCAAACGGGUAACAGUCAAGUACAUCAAGAAGAAGAUUGAAGAGACUCCCUCUGCAGAGAAAAGCAUCAAUCUGUUCCACUGUCUGAAUGAACUGAAUGAUCGUUCUCUAGUGGGGAAGAUCCAACAGUCCCUGAGUUCAGGAAGACUCUCCACAGAUAAACUCUCUCCUGCUCAGUGGUCAGCUCUGGUCUUCAUCUUACUGUCAUCAGAAAAAGAUCUGGACGUGUUUGACCUGAAGAAAUUCUCUGCUUCAGAGGAGGCUCUUCUGAGGCUGCUGCCAGUGGUCAGAGCCUCCAAGAAAGCUCUACUGAGUAGCUGUAACCUCUCAGAGAGAAGCUGUGAAGUUCUGUCCUCAGUUCUCAGCUCCCAGUCCUCCAGUCUGAGAGAGCUGGACCUGAGUAACAACAACCUGCAGGAUUCAGGAGUGAAGCUGCUGUCUGCAGGACUGAGGAGUCCACACUGGAAACUGGAAACACUCAGGCUGAGUGGCUGUAACCUCUCAGAGAGAAGCUGUGAAGCUCUGUGCUCAGUUCUCAGCUCCCAGUCCUCCAGUCUGAGAGAGCUGGACCUGAGUAACAACAACCUGCAGGAUUCAGGAGUGAAGCUGUCUGUCGGACUGCAGAGUCCACACUGUAAACUGGAAACCCUCAGACUGAGUGGCUGUAACCUCUCAGAGAGAAGCUGUGAAGCUCUGUGCUCAGUUCUCAGCUCCCAGUCCUCCAGUCUGAGAGAGCUGGACCUGAGUAACAACAACCUGCAGGAUUCAGGAGUGAAGCUGCUGUGUGCAGGACUGAGGAGUCCACAUUGUACUUUGGAAACGCUCAGACUGUCAGGCUGUCUGAUCACAGAGGAAGGUUGUGCUUCUCUGGCCUCAGCUCUCCCCUCCCAUCUGAGAGAGCUGGACCUGAGCUACAAUCAUCCAGGAGACUCAGGAGUGAAGCUGCUGUCUGCUAAACAGGAGGAUCCACACUGCAGACUGGACACUCUCAGGGUGGAGCCUGCUGGAGUCCGAUGGUUGAAACCAGGUCUGAGGAAGUAUUCCUGUGAACUCACACUCGACAUAAACACAGCAAAUCAAAAUACCAAGCUGUCUGACAACAACAGGAAGGCGACACAUGUGUGGGAGUAUCUGUCAAAUCCUGAUCAUCCGUACAGGUUUAACUUCUGGUCUCAGGUGAUGUGUACAACUGGUCUGACUGGUCGCUGUUACUGGGAGGUCGAGUGGACAGAAAAAGUUACUGUAGCAAUGAGUUACAGAGGAAUCAGCAAGAGGAGAAGCUCUGAAUACAAUUAUUUUGGAGGGAAUGAUAAGUCCUGGAGACUGGACUGCUAUCCAGAAGGUUACUCUGCCUGGCACAAUGACAGAGGAACAUCCAUCUCCACCUCCUCUGUCUCUAACAGAGUAGCAGUGUAUCUGGACUGGCCUGCUGGCAUUCUGUCCUUCUACAGAGUCUCCUCUGACACACUGAUCCACCUCCACACCUUCAACGCCACAUUCACUGAACCUCUUUAUCCUGGCUUUGGGUUCUGGCUCAACCCUUAUUCUUCAGUGUCUCUGUAGGAGGGAGAAUCUGCUCCUGUUGGAGAACAGAUCAGUUGAGUCGUACAGGAUCACAGUUGCAGAGGUCUUUCAGGUUCUUCUUAUAAAUUCAUCAAUGAAUCAAAGUGAUUCCUCAUUUACAUUGUUAACAUCGUCCACUUCUGGUCCUUUAAAGAUAAAAGCUCUGAUCAUUAAAUGAUGGAAAUGAUGUUGACUUGUACCUUCUGCCCCUUUAAUAUCCUUCUGAUGUUUUUGAAUGUGGUUGUUUUAUCUUAACAUUUAUAAUUUUUUUGCUUGCUGUAUGUCAUAUCGAUAUAUCUCUAUAUCUAUAUCUCUAUAUAUUGAUCGAUCGAUCUAUCUAUAUAUCUAUAUGUAUAUAGUAUCAUAAAAGGGCUAAAUGUCCAAUUGUUAACAAAAUAAAGAAUGUCAGAGCUCUUCUUUAUUUGUAAAGAGACCAGUUUUUACAUUUUAGGCGGAUUUCAGAAUGAGGGACUGACUGAACCUGCAAUAAGGGAUACAAUUGUCAGAAACUACUUUUGAUGAUGGUGUCAUUGUAAUUAACGUACAGUAAUAAGUUAGUUUUUUAGUUUUUACCUGUUAAGCCUUUCAGUACAGUAAUGUCUACUCUAUUACUGUAAAGUUUAAACAAAUCAAGUGCAAAAUAUAAAUAAAUGUGUGUAUAAGCUGGUACAUGAUAGAAAAUGUUAUUAUGUGUUAUAUUAUUUGACAGAUUCUGAAGUUUGAUUACAUUCUGUUCUGAAAAUCCACCCUGAAUCCACCCUUCUGUUGGGAUCAGGAUUAUCCUAAUUAUUUUGGAUCAAAGGGAUCCCACCAACUAAAAACACAUACUGAAGGUUUGAUCCAGAUCAAAACAAAGUUAGGAUCAGGUGAUCUUUUUCUUUUGAACAACCCAUUUUAAAGAUUUUAUCCAAUCCAAUCACUUCUGAACAUCUGGGCCCGGCUGUCUGAAUGGGAGCAAAUCCCUGCAGCAGGUUCAACAUGUGCUGGAAAUCAGGUGUCCACAUACUUUUGGCCAUAUAGUGUAUUACAGCUUGAGACAUUUAGUCACUGUGUUUUGCCCUUAAAGUGUUUGCGGCCUUCACAUUUAUGAAACUGUGCAGAUUGUAGAAUUCUUGUGUUUUCAGCUCUAAUAAAACACUUUGUAAAGUAAA